GCCCGUGCUGCCGGAAGCUGAGCGCCGAGGCCGCGCGGGGGGGUUCACCGAGGCCUCGACACCCGCUGCUCGGAGCAGGACACCCACAGCUGAGACUGUGUGUAUCGGCAAGGAUGGAGAUGGCACUACCUCUCUGGGCAGCCUGUUCCCCCGCUUCACUGCCUUCCUCCUGGGAGCGUUUUCCCUCAUUUCACCUAAACGUCCCUUGCUGCAGUUUGAGACUAUUGCUCCCUCAUGUCACCGUUGAGGGGCCCCUGUCGGGCGGGCAGAUACAGCCCAUGCACUACUGUCCGGCUCGCAGCAGGUGCCGCCCAGCCCAGGUGCCAUCCCGCCCGUGGGGCAGCAGGCCUGGCGUGGCUGCGUGCCCGUGCUCCCAUUUCAUGGCAGCCCCAGCAGCGGGGCACCUUCCAGCUGCUGCACCACAGGCCUGGGCCCCGUGGAGACUGGCAUGGGCCCCCACAGGCAGGGCCUGAGCUCUGGGCUCAGCACCUGGCCCUGGCCCUGGGAGGGGGGUUGGGAUCCCCACAGCACCUGCUUCAGACCCACCUGCCCCAGUUAUGAUGAACAGCCGUGGCAGCCAGGCAGAAGCUGUUGUACCUGGUGUUAGGAAAAAGUGGGACCUGAUGGCGGGUAUGGCCGCCUCACUGCAGACAGCCAGACCCCACACAGGAGCUGUCCUGUGGCUCCUCCCCAUUGCUGUUGCCCCAGUCCCCUGCACCUGGUGGGGUAGCAGGGUGGAGCCAGGUUCUGGGUGGCUGCAGUGAGGGGGAGGUUGCUGCUCCUGCCACCAGGUCCCACUUUUUUCUGGUGCCCAGCAGCAGCUUUUGCCCAUCUGCUGGUCAUUGUGGCUGGGGCAGGCGGGUCCAGAGCAGGUACUACAGGACCCGGGACCCUCUAUGCAAUGUGGGCUGCAGUCAUGCACUCAGCCCAGGGCCAGACAGAAGCUGCUGCUGGCUACCUGAAAAAAGCAAGGCCUGGCAGCAGGCAUGGCAAUACAUCUGUUGGCUCAUGAUACAGUUCUGUGGGCCAUGUCUUUAGCACCCCUGUUCCCAAGGAAUGAUGGAGACAGGGGAAUGUAUAGGAAAUGUGAUCCUCAAGACAGAGACAUUUUUGUUCUCAGCCACAGAGGAGCUUGGGAACAGGUUUGUUCCAAACCAGCAAGCAAAUCAGUUAUGCAGUCCUUUGCCUCUGGUCAAAGUGAAACAGUUAUUAACUUGUGCUCUGUACUGAGUGCAAAGGUUGCGCUUACCAUUAAGAGGGGAAAGGUUUGAAAUCCAGGCAAUAGAACAGCUGACACUGCAAGCAGAGUCUAGAUCUAGCCUGGCCCUUAGAGCAACAAAACUGAUUGGAGGCCUGGGGAGUAUGACUUAAAAGGAGAGGCUGAGUGAGCUAGGGCUAUUUAGCCUGGAGAGGAGACAACUGAGAGGAAAUGUGAUAGCAGCUUAAUAACACACAGAAGGAUUUGGCAGUAUGAAGCCUGUUAUUGUGGUGCAUGGUGGAGCUGGCCGCAUCUUUAAAGAACGAGAAGAUGGAAGUCGUUCUGGUGUUAUCAGAGCAGCACUCAAAGGCUACAGUAUCCUUAAACAAGGAGGCAGUGCCUUAGAUGCAGUUGAACAAGCAGUAGCAUUAAUGGAAGAUGAUCCACAUUUUAAUGCAGGCUGUGGAUCUGUUUUAAAUCAAAAGGGUGAAGUAGAAAUGGAUGCCAUUAUCAUGGAUGGAAAAAAUCUAGCCUCAGGAGCGGUAUCUGCUGUUAAAUGUAUCGCUAACCCCAUAAAGCUUGCUCGUCUUGUCAUGGAAAAGACCGAGCACAUGUUGCUGACUGAUUACGGAGCACAAUGUUUUGCCAAGGCCAUGGGUGUUCCUGAGAUUCCAGGGGAGAAACUCAUAACAGAAAGGUCCAGGGAAAGAUGGAUGAAGAACCUUGAGCCAGAUUCUAAUCCUCAUAAGUUUCAAACAGACCUUGGAACAGUUGGUGCCGUUGCUAUAGACAGUGAAGGAAAUGUAGCUUGUGCAACAUCCACUGGGGGACUCGCUAAUAAACUGGUUGGCCGUGUUGGUGAUACAGCAUGUAUAGGAAGUGGAGGUUAUGCUGACAACCAUGUUGGUGCUACUUCUACCACAGGGCAUGGAGAAAGCAUUAUGAAGGUGGUUCUAGCACGAUUGAUCCUGUAUCACAUGGAACAAGGGAUGUCACCAGAGGAGGCUUCUGAUACUGCUUUAAAUUGCAUGAAAACAAGGGUGGGAGGAUUGGGAGGUGUCAUUGUUGUCAGCAAUUCAGGGGACUGGGCAGCAAGGUUCUCCACCAAGCAAAUGUCCUGGGCUACAGUGAAAGAUGACCAGUUGUAUUAUGGCAUUUACACUGGAGAGAGGCUUACAAAAUCCUUUGAAGAAGCACUAACAUCUGAAGGAUUUUGAAGAUGUAAAAGUCAACUGCAGAGCAAAGUAAAGAUCCAAAGUCUUGUUGCGGAGAAAAUUGAUGUCUUUUUCAGAAAAGAUCUAUCCCUAUUAAAUAUUUCAAGAACUCACCAUGGUUUGUAAGCAAACAGAUUUAGACACAGAACCAAUCAUGACUCUGGAUAUUGAAAUGUCUCUGAAAGGCACAGGUUUAAAAUACAGGCAAGUGAUGCAUGUAAGUUUCCCCAGUCUUCUGGUUAGUGCAUCAGCCCUACAUUAGAGAUAGGCAGUGUCAGAAUGAGAGAGGAAUUCAUCUUCAUUCUUAAUCUCUGAGACUUCCAGGUCAAGUGAUGAUGCUGCAGUGAGGUAAACACCUGGCAAUUAAAAAUUGAACUUUAACAGCUGCUUCUCUUUAUUGAGAAGCAGAAUGUGUUUAUAUGUUUUAUUGAACCAACUAUAUAGUUAGGAGAGAUGUUAGACAAGCUUUUGAGCACAAAAUCCUCUUAUUCAUUUUAGAAAAGAAACAGAUGCAGUCUAAGCUAAAUAGUAAGUAAAACAAGAACUUUACCAAGGUCUUUGAACACCCAUCAUUUGGUGACAGCUGUCAACUAAGCUACAUUUAGACUACAGUAUAAAAUUUAAGACUACAUCAUUAUCAAAACCUUGGAGUAACCAGUCCUUAAUCAUUUAACUAGGGAAAACAUGAAGUCCCUGCCUCAAGGGAAAUCUGACACUCAGAAGCUUUAAUGUAUUUGUUAGUUUUAUGGGGGAGGGAGGGAGCCACAAACUAAAAUUAGGUGGGGGAGAAUUUUAUUAGUUAGGUCUAUGUUAUAAAGAGGAAAGCCAAGACUUCAUUAAUUGUAAACAAAGCAGCAAACAAUCUUUGUUGGUUAGAUUAGAAGGUGAUAGGCACCUCAUAAAUACAUAGAUGAGAGAGAUUCAUGAUGAUUAACUGGAAAGUAAUUUUCUGAAGUAAUUAAGACAUAAAAGCAAGCUAUGCCACAACAAAUAGAAUUGCCUCUGUUAACAAGCUUUCUUGAUAUGAAGCUGAUGCAGUCUUGUAUGAAAUCUACAGUACUUGGUUAAAUUUGUGGUAAGCUUUCAAUUCCUCAGUGUCAUAGGUGUUUACUUUCCCGUUUCCCAGUGUAAUUUUUUUUCUAUGAAAAUGCAGUUUAUUUGUGAAGCAAGAAAUUUUGUAGGAAGACUCUUUCAUAACAAAUCUUUGUGAAAGGAAACCCUGUUUUCUACUGUUAACCACACCUAUUAUAUUUUAUGACUACAUAAUUUAAUAACCUAACAUAUGUUUAGCCAUGUUACGAUCUGUAUCUCCUCUGAAAACAGAUGAUCAGCUUCUGGUAUGCUAACAUACUACAGCAUGUUCCUUUAUGAAAUAUACCAAAUAAACGUACCAGAUCCUAACUGUGUUUUUAAGAUCCAUUUCCAAUAUAAAAUGAAGCAUGAUGAAGUAGAUUAUUUAGAAUGGUAGGUUUGUCAAUCUUAUCUAAUUGUCUUGCACUAUAACCCACAUUUCUCCAGAAGUUAAAAAUGAUUGAUGUCUAGUGGGAUGUGGACAAUCCAUGGGAAAAGAGUAUUUAUUUUUUUAUGAAGUACUAAUGUAUUGCAUUGCCUAGAGGAGGGCAUGAAAUAUAUCUGUUGAUCUGGUCAUCAGCUGCUGCUUGUCAGAUUACAAAGGAAUUUAGGGUGAGUCUGGUAAGCUGUCCUGCUGUGUGAACAUAAGGAAAAAUCAUUUUUUUAAUCAGAAAGAGACUCCCAGUGAGUUCAAGAACCUAUAUGGAAAAGCACACACUUCUCAAAACAAAAGAUGAGUACAGGGCCAGAUUAUCCUUGGCCUGUGUGGAAGGAAGCGGUAUGAGCUCGGCUUCAUGCACACAACAUUCUUUGGAGCCUGUGGGAGCUCUGUUUAGUUUGCAACCUGCAGAUUUUAAAGGAGUUGAGACAAGGGAGAUAGUUGAGUUCUACUAGACUCCACAGUCCACCAUCACCCCAAGCAGGUACACUUACCUGAAGUUAUAAAAAUCCAUCUUGCUCUGCUACAUUGUGCAAUUGGCUGCAUUCCUCCCCUUAUGCAGGGCAAUGGAAAAUAAAAAUCCUGCCUUUAUAACUAAUACUUGGUCAGAGACCUAUCCCUUUUUCAUCUGGAUCAUAAAGAAGCUAUCGUAAAUCACCAGCGUGAGGAAUUUAGGUGAACAUCUCUCCUGACCUUUGGAGAGACAAACAUCUAUCCCAGAACUAAAACCCAGAUGCAAUAUAACAUCAUUGGUCACCUUAGUCACAGUCGGUAGAAAUCUAGUGUCAUUAAAAGGCACAUUAAGUACCUAAUACAUGGUUAAUUCAUCUCAGUAAUUGUAUCCUCAGAAAAAGUACUACAAUAAAACUGGUAGUUUAUCAUGA